AUGAAGGUUGGGGGCUGUCCCCAGCCUGGUGUUUCCCCAAUCCUUAGGAACCCUGGAAGUGCCACCGUGGUGCUGGGAGCCUAUGACCUGUGGCGUCGGGAGAGUUCCAGGCAGACGUUUUCCAUCAGGACCAUCAGCGAGAAUGGCUAUGACCCCCAGGAGAACCUCAACGACCUGCUCCUGCUGCAGCUGGACCGUGAGGCCAACCUCUCCAGCAACGUGGCACUGGUGCCGCUGACCCAUCAGAAUGUCACUGUGGAAGCCGGCACCAGCUGCCAGGUGGCCGGCUGGGGGACCUGGCGGACUGGGGGACAUCUCUCUCGCUUCCCAAGGGUCUUCAACGUGACCGUGACUCCCAAAGACCACUGUCGCCCCAACAGUGUGUGCACUGGUGUGCUCACCCGCCAGGGUGGAAUCUGCCAAGUAUGGCCAGGCCGGGUGCAGACCCAGCGUGGGAUCCUCCCAAGCGCAGUAAUUGUACAGAUGCUGAGAAACAGGGACUGUCGUUAUGUCCACCUGGCAGAGGGGAUGCUGAGUUUCAGAGAGGUUCGGUGAAUCGCCUGAGGUCACAGAGCUCGUGUGAACUUUGAACCCAGAUCUAUGUGAUCCCGGGGCCCCUUCACCCCCUCUCCUUUUGGUGGAGGUUAUUUUGUGCAGCACCAUGCACGGGAAACCUGGAAACAAUAUUGGCCACUUGGAUCACAGAUGGCUAAUGUGCCUGAUACAUAAAGAGCUAAAAUAUGACCAUUAAAUAAUAAGUGUAAUUGUAUAUAUAAGUGUUAUAGAUAACAAUGUAGUUAUGUCAUAUAUAAUUGUAUUAAACUAGAUAAAAUGUCUUUAUUAAAAUAAAAAUUUCAA